CAUGGAACAUUCACGUGGAUCAUUCUCUCUCUCUCUCUCUCUCUCCUUCUGAAAAGAAAGCUGUCAAUGGUGUGAAUUGCAAAAAUCUAGGAAAUCCGUGCAUCAAAGGAAGAUUACACGAGUAUUCCUGUCCUUCCUGUUCAAAUUUCCAAGAAAGAAAGGUAUCCCUUGUCAUGUCCUAUAUCUAGCACUCCAGUGAACUGCAAGAAGCCCCAUCGCACCACAGUACCACACUUGCAAUCCUCUCUCUCCAUCUCCCCCAACAGCCCUGGGCAAUGUCUGUAGCCCUGCCUCAGGAUCAUGAGGAGAAUGACGACGAAGGAUCACAAAGAUCACCGCCUGCGAAGCGACUGCGGAACUCCUGUGAUUUCGAAUUAAUCUGCUUGGUAAAGGGAAAGCGGACCAGGAUUUAGUUUCUCCAGUUUAUCUUCAUCCAAACUCAGCAACUUGUGUUGGUGGUUCAAUAUGCAAAAACCACUUUUAGCCUUGUGUUCGGAACUCUGUGACAAGCAGACUGAAAUGCUCCAGGAGAUUCUACGGAUGAAUCGAAUGAUGCAGCAGCAAAAUGAGAGGAUCAAAUUAGUGCUUAGGGAGAAUCAGGAGCUGCGAGAAAAAGUUUCCAGCCUAACAGCGGCAAUAAGUGAAGUUGUUGGUUACCAUAAGCGAAUCCCUGCGCCUAGGAUGUUACCUGAUCAGAACUGCAGCGAACCACUUCGAUUACAAUUUGUGAAUUCAUGCAGUAACGAUAAGUACUCAACACACAAAAUAGAAGCAGAUGACGAGAGCCCCCUUCAGGUAGCCAUAUAUGAUCGUAACAACAAGAUCGUAACAAGUGAACCAUUUUCUUCAAUGAGAGUUCAGAUCGAUUGUAGCCAUCGAUGGUGACUUUGAUGAUGAUCAUAAAGGACAGUGGACUGAAGAGUACUUCCGUAGUAAAAUAGUACCUGGACGACCUCAAAAAGGACAUUUGCUGUCUGGGAAGCUGUAUUUUAGGCUGCAAAAUGGUGUGGGUUAUCUCAAUGCCAAGUUCCAAGACAAUUCUAGUUUUGUUCCAAGCAAAAAGUUCAAGUUGGGUGUUAUGGCAGCUGAUGAAAGAAUCUCAGAAAGAAUUCAAGAAGGAAUAACUGAAUCUUUUGCUGUGAAGGAUGUUCGGGGAUACUUAACAAAGAAGAAUCCCAAUCCAUCCCCACGUGAUGCUGUAUAUAAACUGAGCAAAAUUGCAAAGAACGGUGACAGGCACAAGUUACUAGAGCAGAAUGGUAUCAAGACAGUGGAGGACUUCUUAUCUUUCUACAACAAGAGUCCAGAUGAUCUGCGUAAAAUUUUGGGAAAGAUUUCUGAUCAAGAUUGGGAUUUGAUCAUUAGUCAUGCUCUGAAAUGUAAUCCAAGACCAGGAAUUUACUCUAGUUGCCUUCAAGAGAGUAAUGUGUCUCAUGAACAUGAGGCAUUUUUUAGAAGCAAUGGCAGCUAUUACCUUCAGGGAUCAUGCUCAAUGCAACCAAGUCAUACAUCACAAGAACAACUUGAUGUUCAAGGAACUCGCCAGCAAAUUUCUUCAACGUGUAAUGGACUAUCAUCCGGUGGAUUAUCAGUGAUUGUGCCAAAUAGGUCCAAGUUCCAACCAGACACUUCAGACCAAAACUUGAUGCAUCAUGGACAACUUGAGCGUAUCCAAGUUGUCGACCGGCAAGUUUCAUCGGUAGGAAAUGAGGUUAUGUCGGUUUCAUCCAUGGAUAACAAUAUGUUAGAAGUGUCGAGCUCACAGCAACAACAUUCUUUGGGGCACAUCAAUACGGCUGAAAUUGAUGGGAAUGGAUUAUCACAUGCUAAUCCAUCUGAUUGGAAUUCGUCGUUGGACUGGAUUCAUGGCCACGCAGAUGUGCAGUUGGAAUCUAUGGUAAAUGCACAGAGGAGAGAAAAUUUGCUGAGUGAAUAUGUGGGGCGGGGGGAGCAUGAUUUCACGGGAACUCCUGGCUCAGGAGGUUCCUGCAGUGCAGCUGAGCAAAACUGGGGUCAUUCGCCUGUCACUGCAGCGGAGCAAAACUGGGGUCAUUCACCUGUCAGUGAAGCAGGUAGCAUGAACUACAAUGGGGCUGUCAAUGAAGCAGGCAGUUGGAGCCACAGGGGACUUCCUCCUUCACGGGCCGCAGGCAGUAGGAGACACAGGAGACAUUCAUUUUCACCUGCCAGGGGAGCUGGCAGUAGAAGACACAGAGAAGCACGCAGUAGCAGCUACGGUGAACAAGUCUUUGGAGAAGCCAGUAGCAGCGACUGCUUAUGGUUUACCCCACUGCCGCCUGUCUUGUUUUCAGACAAUAUCAGCAAUACAAGUAAAUAUUUCACGGAUGAAGAAUAAUAUACUUCACUCUUCUUAAAAAUAUAUAUAUAUAUAUAUAUACUUCACUGAUGAAACGGGUGAUGCAUGCCUUUAUGCCGCCGUUUAUUCAGAAGGUACUCCCAUCGGAUUGCUUGUAUUCAGUUCAACUUUAGUGCAUAUUUGGAUGUUAUUAGUAUAUUUACAGACCAUAGCUUUCAGUACAUUUUAUGCAUACCAUAGUUAUAUUUUUGCUUUGAGAAAAACCAAGGCGUCUAAAUUUAGUACAAUUCUAUGCACUAUUUCAUUGGAAAGCAACCUGUUGGUGUGGCUCUGACCUCUGAUCUGUGACCAA